CAGCUGAUUCGUCUGCCACUUGCCCAGUGUACGUCAAGUAAAGUGUCUGCAUCUACCGUCCUGUGCUCGAGCGACGACGAUUCGAUUUCAUUCCUUCGCGUGUGUGUUACUAAAAGCCCCUACAAAUGCCUGCAAUGUUGCCGGAAUCCGACUCGGAGGACGAGCUGCCGCCAGCAUGGGAGGAGCGUGCCACUAGCGAUGGUUUCGUUUACUACGUCAACCAUCAAAGCAAAAGCACCCAGUGGACACACCCACGGACCGGGAAAAUGAAGCGCGUAUCCGGCGAGCUGCCGAUCGGCUGGACGCGCCAAAUCGAGGAGGACACCCGGAAGGUGAUCUUUGUGGAGGAGAAAACGCAGCGCAAAUCGUACACCGACCCGCGGCUCGCGUUUGCCGUCGAGGAAGCGCCGGAGCGGCUGAGCGAAUUGCGCCAACGGUUCGACGGUGGCACGAACGCGCUGCAGGUGCUGCACGGGCGCGAUCUGAACGGCAAGGUGGCGCUCAUUACCGGGGCCAACACCGGCAUCGGGUACGAGACGGCGCGCUCGCUCGCACUGCACGGGUGCGAGAUUAUCUUUGCCUGUCGCGAUGAGCAGGUGACCCGGGCCGCGAUCGAUAAGCUGCGGGUGGAGAAGGAAGCGGCCGGCCAGCGGUGCAAGUUUGUGCCGCUGGAUUUGGCCAGCCUGCGCUCCACCAAGCAAGCGGCGGAAGAGGUGAAGAAAGGGUACAAGCACAUCGAUAUGCUGAUACUAAACGCAGGCGUCUUCGCCCUGCCCCAUUCCAUCACGGAGGACGGCUUCGAGCGCACAUUCCAGGUGAACCAUCUGGCUCACCACUACCUGACGACGCUGCUGUCCGAGCUGUUCGAUCACACGACGCGCAUCGUCGUGGUGUCGUCCGAGUCGCACCGCAUGGCCACACUGCCGGCCGGCGGACUGAGCGAAACCGACCUCUGCCCACCGCAGCACAAGUUCUGGAGCAUGAUCGCGUACAACAACUCCAAGCUGUGCAACGUCCUGUUCGCGAUGGAGCUGGCUAAGCGCUGGAAAUCUAGAGGCAUCGCGGUGUUUGUGCUCCAUCCGGGGAAUAUGGUUUCGUCGGCCCUGUCUCGAAACUGGUGGUUCUAUCGCUUUCUAUUUGGGCUGGUUCGUCCGUUUACAAAAUCGCUGCAACAAGCGGCCAGUACCACUGUUUACUGUGCAACAGCGUACGAGUUGACCGGCUUGACUGCACUGUACUUCAACAACUGCUACGUCUGUGACCCGUCCGGGGCAUCCAGGAACGAGCAGCUGCAGCAAAGCCUGUGGGAGCUUAGCGAGAAAAUGGUCCAGCGUGUGAUGGGUGAGCCGGGCGCCCAAUAAGGCAAAGCAAGGUAAAAAUAGUAAAUGAUUUUACUACUGCUGACGACUUCCGAAAAAUACAUCCUUCUUUAUUGAUGUGCAACAAGA